AUGGCAUCGUUCAAUGCCUUCUACGUCGCACCUUGUGUGCUCAUUCUUGCCCUGAUAUUAAGGAUAAUUCAGAAAGCAGUUCACAACUUCAGGUCGCCCUUGAGGUCAAUACCAGGACCGUGGUAUGCAGCAUGGUCAAACUGGGCACUCAAAUUUGCCACUAUCACAGGGCAACGUAUCCACUACGUACAUUCGCUACAUGAGAAGUAUGGAAAAUUCGUCCGCGUUAGCCCCAAUGAGGUGUCCAUCUCAGAUCCCGAGUCGGUGACAACAAUCCACAAGAUCAAUUCUGGAUACGUCAAAAGCCCGUGGUAUAUCGAGUCGACGAAUUUUCCGAGGCCGAUUCUCUUCUCCAUGAGCGAUGUCAAGGCGCACUCCACGCGGAGGAGAGUCUUCGCUCGUGCUUUCACCAAAUCACAUCUGCGUCAGACUUAUGAGUCAACUGUGCACUCAAUGGUCCAGAAAGUGGUGGCUAGGAUGAAGUCGGAGGCCGAACAUGGAAAUGCAGAUAUUCUCAAGUGGUGGACAUUCAUGGCGACUGAUGUCUCUGCUCUGCUGAUGUUUGGGGACUCCUUCAAAAUGAUUGAGAGGGGAGAGGUUAAUGAGUAUAUUCGUAUCCUUCAAUCGAAUUUGAAGGGCAGUGGGAUUGGAUUCGAAUUACCGUGGAUUCGAGCCAUCUUAAAGUACAUCCCUAUCAAGAGCUGGCAAGAAGUCUUCAACUCGACCGGACUGUUAAUGAAAUAUGGGCUAGAAACACGGCAGAUGAGCAGGUCAUCAGGCGAUGACAAGACCAUCUUUUCGAAUUCAAACAAAGAGGCCGAGAAGGAAGGGGGCUACAUGGACGAAACGGACGUCCUGCUCGAAGCCCAGGGCUUGCUCGUGGCGGGUUCUGAUACAACUGCUGUGACGCUGACGUAUUUGGUUUGGGCAGUUCUCUGCCACCCGCAAUGGCAGCAUGCCCUCGAGCACGAGGUCGCCGGACUAGCAUCUGACUUCACGGAUGCGGAACUGGAGAGCCUGCCGGUACUCAAUGGCAUCAUUGAAGAGACGUUACGUUUGUAUGGUGCCGCACCGGGCUGUCUGCCUCGGACGGUUCCCCCGAACGGCGCCCACCUUAAAGGCCAUUUCCUUCCCGAGGGAACUGUCGUAUCGACACAAAGUUACACGCUUCACCGAGAUGCCAACGUCUUCCCCGACCCUUUCAAAUUCGAUCCUGGCCGUUGGAUACCAAACAAGGAGAAUCCCGCCGGAGGAAUCCCAGCAACGUCUACCGAGGUAGCAAAGGCGAUGUACUCGCCUUUUGGAUUCGGCUCACGAACUUGUCUAGGUAUUCAUAUGGCAAGAAUGGAGAUGAGAUUAGCGGUAGCAGAGUUCUUUAGAAGUCUCCCUGGCGCACGACUUGCUCCUUCGGUCACUGAAGAGUCGAUGGCUUUGGAGAAUUACUUUUUGAUCGCCCCUGCGAGCCAUCAAUGUGAGGUCACUUUGAGAAACUGA